ACACCUCCCAUGAUUCCCACGGACAUAAACUUUGAUGUUGAACACUCGACUUUCUUCCAGCACUAUAAUCAGUUGCCAUCACCAGCUGAAGUCCGCUCGCAAGCAUAUGCCCAAUAUCUUGCUGGCAGUAGCUGGGGAGAUAAGAGGAGAGAUGUCUCUACUACUGGCUACAAUCAACGUCCAUCCCCAGCAGUGUUUGAGUCCAUGGGUCUGUUUGUCAAAUGGGGAUCCGAAGUAAGCAUCGCGGAGGGCCAAUGCCUUUACACAAUUCAACACUGCUUCAAAGAUACUGUACCAGUUCCCGAAAUCUACGGAUGGCGUACAGACGGCAGCCAGGUCUUCCUUUAUAUGAAGGCAAUCAGUGGGAGGACUUUGGAACAAGCUUGGCCGGAGAUGGAAGUGAAUGAUUGCUUGCGUAUUUGUCGUGAGCUUCGGACAAUUUUCGAUACUCUACGCCAGCUGAAACAAUACUCUUCGGAUACGUUUGUUGGCAGCAUCGCACGGGGCCAUCUUUACGAUAGGGCAAUCAACCCAAGGUACAUGGCCGAAGCUGGGCCAUUCGCCUCCGUGAAAGAGUUUCACGAUUGGUUUACCUUUCUGCACAAGCGACCGAUGCCUGACCCUCACACUGUACCCCCAGAGCCCUUCCGCCAAGAUCUUCCUGAUGAUAGCGAUAUUGUUUUCACACAUGGAGAUCUUCAUCCAAGCAAUAUUAUUCUAUCGCUAUCUAGUCCGCCUCAAGUCGUUGCAGUCGUAGAUUGGGAGCAAGCAGGCUGGUGGCCGGCCUACUGGGAAGAUCGUAAAGCUCACUUCACGAGUGACUAUUCAGGCGAAUGGUCUGAGAAAUAUCUGCCAAUGAUUUUGGAUCAGUACAAAACCACCUGGGACGCAUGGGACUACUACACGUCAUCUAUGGGAUGCUGA